AUGGAGAACCCAUACCAGGAUCCAAAGUACCAACCUCGUGGGAACCCUGGGAACAAUAACGUCCUGUUUCAUACAGUGACGGGAGUCAGAAUACACUCGGGAUAUGUUUUCACGGUCAAGACCGACAACAAGGACCAACAACCACUACCCUCUAUGGAACUCUUAGAACUGAGAUGGCAUCUGUCUCGCAUUGCGUGUAUGCAGGGCAGAGGCAAGGACGAAGAUAGUGAGUACGAGUCUGAUAGCGACUCUGUUUCCGUCCGUUCAGGCUCGCGAUCACCCUACUAA